CCAGCUGUUGGAAGAAAACAACUCAGAUACUUAGAACCCACUUGUUUGAAUGCAGCUAGAAAAGCAGCACAAGCCAAUGAUCAAACCUCUCUUCUGCCAAAGAGGAGUUGUUAGAGUGGUGGCCUUGCCAGUGCUCUCCUGGGUGAGGUGAAGAAGGGAAGGCGAGGCUUUCGAAACCAGUGGGCAUGCCGGAGAACCCAGGACAGAGCCACAGCCUGAGGCUCCAGGGCCAGCUGCUCUUCCCUGACGGUCAUGUCCCUUUCAGGUGCACGCAGGACCCAGGACAAUGGCAGCUGCUGAGGAUUUGCAGAUGGAGGACAUGGACGUGUGUAGAGACAGGGAAGAGGAGCUGGAGGAAGAGAAGAAGAGAAUGAGAGAGGGUGGGGAAGGUCAAGACACCUUCAAGAAUAAAAAAGUCCACAAGAUUGUCUCAAAGUGGAUGCUUCCUGAAAAAGCCCGAAGAACGUACUUGGAGAGGGCUAACUGCCUCCCGCCCCCGGUGUUCAUCAUCUCCGUCAGCCUUGCAGAGCUCGCCGUCUUCAUUUACUACGCUGUGUGGAAGCCCCAGAGGCAGUGGAUCACCUUGGACACGGGCAUCCUGGAGAGUCCCUUCACCUACAGUCCUAAGAAGAGGGAGGAAGCCUGGCGGUUCCUGUCGUACAUGCUGGUGCAUGCGGGAGUUCAGCACAUCGUGGGGAAUCUGAUUAUGCAGCUCGCUUUGGGUAUUCCCUUGGAAAUGGUCCACAAAGGCCUCCGAGUGGGCCUGGUGUACCUGGCAGGAGUGAUUGCAGGAUCCCUUGCCAGCUCCAUCUUUGACCCACUCAAAUAUCUUGUGGGUGCUUCAGGAGGAGUCUAUGCUCUGAUGGGAGGCUAUUUUAUGAAUGUUCUGGUGAAUUUUCGAGAAAUGAUUCCUGCCUUGGGAAUUGUCAGACUGCUGGUCAUCAUCUUUAUAAUUGGAUCGGAUGUGGGAUUUGCUCUCUACAGAAGGUUCUUUGUCCCAGCAAACGGGUCACCGGUGUCUUUUGCAGCUCACAUCGCAGGUGGAUUUGCUGGAAUGUCCAUUGGUUACACUGUGUUUAGCUGCUUUGAUAAGACACUGCUGAAAGAUCCACGGUUUUGGAUGGCAAUUGCAGCUUAUUUAGCUUGUGUCUUAUUUGCUGUGUUUUUCAACAUUUUCCUAUCCCCAGCAAACUGACCCGUCCCUAAUAGAAACCAAUUAAUAAACAGAGCCAGUGGGGGGAAAAAUUGGAGAACUCUAUGAAGAAACAGAGAAGUCCCAGCAAAUGCUAACAAUUCUAAAAGAAAGCAAAACACCACUGAAGUCAUCAGUUGCAAAGACUUUUAAGAAAAGGUCUUAGGUUUUAAGGAAGGGGCCUCUAAAUACACGGGGAGGGGCGAGGGAGAGA